UUUACCCAUCAAUGUCUAACCAAACAGUGUGUAAUAUCUCUAUGGUACACCUUAGCACCUACAUAGCUUUGCAUCAAAUUCAAAGCAGUUCUAUUUUAAUUUUUGCAACACCUGGAGCAAAGAAAAGAGGGUCCUUUGAGUUAAAGAAGAUACAGAUAUGACUAAGAACAAACUGAUGGUCUUAUUCUUCUUCUUCUUCUUCUUGUUGCUGUCAGGGGUUGGAGCCCAAGCAGACGAUCGUGAUCGUGGCGAUGAGUGCCUGCCCACAAGCUGCGGAGACGAGGGCCCAGAAAUCCGGUUCCCGUUCUGGCUAAAGGAUCAUCAACCGGACCGUUGUGGCUAUGGGCCAGACUUCGCUCUUACCUGCUCUCCGGCCAACAACGAAACCCUGCUUGAUAACCCAUUUUCUGUCAAGGUGGUGGUCGAAUCCAUCGAUUACCAUUGUCAGUAUGUAUGGUACGAACUCUCCGGUGAUUAUGCUCUGCAUCAGAAAAACCUAAGCCUAAUAUUCGACACAUCUGCCUUCAGUCCAUUCCAAUUGUUGUCCAACAUUGGCCCUGGAUACGACGUAUUCAGUUGUCGCAUCGACUUGGAAUAUCCAUAUGACGCUCUCUGUGAAUACUCCGUAUUCAGUUGUCUCUCCUCCUUGGAAGAUACAUUUGACAUGUAUGAAGAAUAUACACCACUCCCAUGCCUCAGCCGCCAAGGUCAAAAUCUCUACUUGCUGAAUUCGGAUUAUUUGAUCAGGCGAAACCUGUUGAAGAAUUGCAAAAAUAUUGAUACCAUUCCAUCAAUUCCAUGUCUAGAUCUGCUCGAAACAGGGUACAAUUAUGGUUGCUCCGGGGGCCGGUCAGCCUGGUCGGAACCUAGUUGUGGCAAAUGUGAAGAACAAGGCCAGUACUGCAGAUUGAGUAGUAGCAAUAACAGCAAGAAGCAUGAAACCGAAUGCUUUGGCACUAUUCCACAAACUGACAUCACUAAUUAUCAUAUGCCACCAAGAGGUGAAAAAAAGAGCCCACUUGUUAAAGGUCUCAUCCCUCCUGGCGUUUUUCUUCUUGUUGUAUUUGUCAUAGCUACAUAUUUUGCCCACAGAUCUGACAUUUUAAAGAAAGAGGAUCAAUUAAAGGUUGAAAGAUUUUUAGAGAACUACAGAGCUCUCAAGCCUACAAGAUACACAUAUGUGGAGAUAAAGAAAAUUACUCAUAAUUUGAAGGACAAACUAGGCCAAGGAGGUUAUGGAACUGUUUUCAAGGGAGAGCUCUCCGAUGAGGUUCCUAUUGCAGCCAAGAUCCUCGACAGCUUCACAGGAAAUGGUGACAACUUCAUCAACGAAGUGGGAACGAUAGGUAUGAUCCACCAUGUCAAUGUGGUUCGCUUGGUUGGAUAUUGUGCUGACGGGUAUAAAAAGGCUCUUGUUUACGAGUACAUGCCCAAUGAUUGUCCAGAGAAGGUCAUAUCAUCUGAUCAUAAAAAAGCUUCACUUGGUUGGGAGAAGCUCCAAGAUAUUGCUCUUGGCAUAGCCAAAGGAAUUGAUUAUCUUCACCAAGGGUGUGAUCAAAGAAUCCUUCAUUUCGAUAUUAAGCCUCAUAACAUCUUGUUAGACAAAAAUUUCAUCCCAAAAAUCUCUGAUUUUGGGCUAGCCAAGUUGUGCUCGAAAGAACAAAGCAUCGUAUCCAUGACAGCUGCUAGAGGAACCGUGGGUUAUAUUGCACCAGAGGUGUUCUCUAGAAACUUCAGCAAUGUGUCACACAAGUCAGAUGUCUAUAGUUUUGGAAUGUUGUUGCUUGAAAUGGUUGGAGGGAGGAAGAAGAACAUUGAUGUUCGUGCAGAAGAAAAUAGCGAUGAAGUUUACUUUCCUGAAUGGAUUUAUAAUCGUUUAAAUCGCGAAGAAGUAAAUAAUAAUGAAGUUGAGGAAGGCGGAGAUGCCAAGAUUGUUAAGAAGCUAACAGUUGUAGGACUAUGGUGCAUUCAGUGGUAUCCAGGAGACCGGCCCUCAAUGAAAGCUGUGGUUCAAAUGCUUGAGGGAGAUGGAAAGACUUUGGCCAUGCCCCCGAAUCCCUUUUCUACCACCAGUCAGUCAAUUACAAGGGGAAACAUGGGUGGAAGGCAUUUUAGCAGUGUGUUAGAGAUCAUUUCUGAAUCCGAUUGAGAGAAGUGUUGCUUAAUAAUUGGUUGGUGUUUUUAGGAGAGUCUAAUGCACUGUCUUUUGUUUGUAAGUAUCAUGAUAGAAGUUUGUACUCAUCUACUGUUGUACCCUUAUUCCAAUACGAGUGAUAGAAUAAACUCGAAAUUGCUUUUUCGAAGUUUCUGUGAGUGUGUCGAGCCAUUCAUGGUGUAUGUAUAAUUUUGCUUGUUGAUUAAUUGU